AUGGGGAAUGCAGGCCCCAAACUCCCCGAGUCCUCUUCUGAUCCCCAAGAGGGCGUGGCUCCAGGACGCUGGCAAAUAAAAAUCCGGAGAACCGGCGCUGUCUGGAGACGAGCGGAAGACCUGAGGAACCCAUUCCGCGAGCCACUCGGUUCCUGGGCUUUGGAAGUGAUCCCCAUGGCAUCCCCCCAAAUGCUGCUCCUCUGCCUCCUGGUCCUGGCGGUCACGGAAGGUUGGGGUCGCCAGGCGGCCAUCCCAGGCUGCCACCUGCACCCCUUCAAUGUGACAGUGCGAAGUGACCGCCAAGGCACCUGCCAGGGCUCCCAUGUGGCACAGGCCUGUGUGGGCCACUGUGAGUCUAGCGCCUUCCCUUCCCGGUACUCCGUGCUGGUGGCUAGUGGCUAUCGACAUAAUGUGACCUCCGUCUCUCAGUGCUGUACCAUCAGUGGCCUGAAGAAGGUGAAGGUGCAGCUGCAGUGUGGGGGGGACCGGAGGGAGGAGCUGGAGAUCUUCACGGCCAGGGCCUGCCAGUGUGACAUGUGUCGCCUGUCACGCUACUAGCCCGUC